UCUCUCUCUCUCUCUCUUAGUGAAGAAGAGGCAAACAUCCAUUAGAUCUUCCUUUCUACUCUCGACAACUCCAACCAUGGCAGAUCCCUAUGCUGAUCCCUUCAAAGCUUUCCGCAGAGAGUAUCCUUUCUCCUGCAACCCAUUUUCUGAGUUCUGCCAUGGCGGCACCAACACCUGCCUCCCUCCCCAGACCCUCACUCCUCCUGUGAGGGAGGCCCUCCCUCUCCUCAGUCUCAGCCCAACGAGGCACCAAGAGGUGGAAAACAGCUCCUCUUGCAGUGCCGUUAAUGAAGGUGGAAAGGUCAAGGCCGCCGUGGACACUGAUGGUGAAGCUGAUGCUGUGACUGUGUCUCUGCACAUAGGCCUUCCCAGCCCUGGUGCAGUGGAUCUGACGCCAAGAUUCUCUUCAACUCCAGAGGAUACUAGUGGGGGAAAGCAAGAGCAAGGUGGCGACGAUGAAGACGAUGUGGUUUACCCUAUCGAUCUUAUAGGAAGGAUCAACAAGGGACAGUAUUGGAUUCCCACCCCUACCCAGAUCCUAAUUGGUCCAACCCAGUUCUCUUGCCCAGUAUGCUGCAAGACCUUCAACAGAUACAACAACAUGCAGAUGCAUAUGUGGGGACAUGGAUCACAGUAUCGGAAGGGACCCGAGUCUCUGAGAGGCAUCCAGCCGACGGCGAUGCUGAGGCUUCCCUGCUACUGCUGCGCCCCCGGUUGCCCCAACAACAUCGACCAUCCGAGAUCAAAGCCAUUGAAGGACUUCAGGACCCUCCAAACUCACUACAAAAGGAGGCACGGAAUCAAGCCCUUCGUGUGCCGGAAGUGCAGCAAGGCAUUUGCGGUCAGAGGCGACUGGAGGACCCAUGAGAAGAACUGCGGCAAGCUGUGGUACUGCAUCUGUGGCUCAGACUUCAAGCACAAGAGGUCACUGAAGGAUCAUAUCAAGUCCUUCGGCAGUGGGCACGCCGCGUACGGCAUCGACUGCUUCCAGGAGGCAGCGGAGGAGGAGGAGGAGGAGGAGGAGGAGACAUCGUCGGAGAUCGAACAAGAUGGUUUCCAGUCCUACAAGGGAAGGAAACACGGCUUUCUGGGUCGCAGGUGAUGAACUAUAUCAUCAUGCCAUGCUUGUUUCCUUUUUCUUCCUUUGUCUCUCUAGAUUUAAGUGUUCCCUCACCAUAGAUCCCUUCUCCUACUCUCUCCUUUCUACUUUUAAGCCAGUAAAUAAAGAUCGAUACAUGGCAAUAGGGAGAGAUUCUACUAUUAACCUCACUCUAAGGAACGUUGCAUGGAUCCUUCUUUUCACCAGACCGAGUCUUUUCAUUCUUCCUUCCUUUUGAUCUGUCAUGCAUGUCAAAUGGGGCAUAAGACUGUACCUUAACAUUUGCAGUUUGGUAGGCUUUUUAGAUUCUGCAGACAAGCUACUGCUUUUGGCUCACAUGUUGCUUUAUGCAUUGGAUAGUGCUUACAUAUAUGUAUACAUCAAAUGAUUAGCAUACCUUCCUUCAAAUACUAUGUGAAAGUACUCAUUUGGUGUGUGGAUUAUGGAACUUAAUUCAGGUUUAUGUACAU